AUGGUUGAGCUGCAAGCACAAGAGCGCACUAUUCCAACUUGUGCGUUAAUCGACUCGGGGUGUCAAGCCCUUCUUAUCAGCCGAAGGUUCGCAGAUGCGCACCUCCCGGAGCCUGCAAUAGGCCCGCGGAGGAUAGUGGCCCUAGAUGGUCACCGCAUCCGUUGCUACGGACGCUACAGGCUGAGGGCAACCACCCAAGAUUGCCACGGUGUUCGUAGAACGAUUGAAAGAACAUUCGAUGUGGUUGAUAUGGACCAUUAUGAUGCGAUUCUAGGAUACCCUUGGUUGAGAGAGGCGAACCCAAACGUCGACUGGGAACUAGGAACAUGGGAAUACCGGAAAAUACCUCCGGAGAAAGAAGUCGAAAUCCGUGUGGGUUCUGCGACAAUCGGCGAAGGAGUGCGAAUACCCGCAAUCUACAAGGAGUUCGAAGAUGUCUUUCGGAGGAAAAUGCAGGGAUUCUACCUGCGCAUGCAGACCACGACCAUGCAAUUGAUAUACAACCGGGAAAGGAACCCCCAUACCGACCAAUUUACCCCUUGUCCGAAAGUGAGCUCGCAGUUCUGCGCAGAUAUAUUGAAGCAGCGCUAG